UACAGCUAGUUAGUAUGAGCAGCACGUAACAAUAAUUUGACCCGUUUCAAAAGUGGAAACCAACCCGUUUUCAUUAUUCUUCUCCGAAGGAACAAAUUUUUCUACCGGGUUUAACGAAAAGCCCUAAACCCCAAAAAUGGCUAGUAGAUCCUCUACGACGCGCCUAUUAUACAUCCUGUGUUCCUCCACCACCAAAAGGACGCAACAGCCACCGCUAACCGCCGGAAACUUGCAUCUCCGCCAGUACACCGCCGCCGGUAGAGUGAGAGAAGAGAAAGAAGCGAUAUGGAGAGAAAAAGUGAAGAAUAUUGGGAUUUCUAGAUCAUUUUCAUCAAAGGCUUCUUCUCGAUCGACACAAAAGCAAUCAGAGGCUCGAAAGGAUGUAUCUACUAUUGAGGAUCCUUUUGAUGCUCCUACCUACAAUAUCCCAGAGAAACCGGUGACGUUUACUGAGGGAGCUUCCUAUAGUCUUAUCAUUCUUGCUGGACUUGCAGUUGCUGGUGCUGCUGCAUAUGGAGUUUUUAAGGAGCUCAUUUUUCAGCCAAAAGAGUACAAAAUUUUCAACAAAGGCCUCGAGAGGGUUCAAAAUGAUGGUCAAGUUAAGGCAAGAAUUGGAUCCCCUGUAACAGGCUAUGGAUCAGAAAGUAGAAAUCGUGCUGCACGCCAACGCGUUCCCAAUAGGAUAUGGACUGAUGAAGACGGAGUUGAGCAUGUUGAGGUCAAUUUUUACAUUCGGGGACCGCAUGGAGCUGGCAAGGUUUAUACAGAGAUGUUUCACGACAAGGUGGAUAAGCAGUGGAAGUUCACAUAUUUGAUCGUUGAGAUCAAAUCACCUUCCCCAACUCAACUGAUGCUCGAGUCGUAUGUACCUGCUUGAGUAUCCACAUAAGUAAACUAUGUUUUCUGUCUUUGCCAUGAUCGCGUGGAUGCAGUCGAUAUGCUCCAAUUUUUUUUUUUUUCAACUUGCGUGAGGGCUCUCAAGAUGAUA